UGUGUAUUAUUUAUGCCGUCGGUCUCUGUGUGCGUGUAAUCGAAAUUUUUUGUGUAUAAAUGACGGUAUUAAUCAAGCGUAAGUGACUCGGAGACUAGAAAAUGUGUCUUUUACUCGUCCAGAGUCGAUUUUGACGGUCCCCGGCGUCGAAAAUCACACCAAGCCUUCAUUUUCCCACUCAAAAACGUUGUCAAAAAAGAGGGGAAAAAUGAAGUUUUCGUUCACCCUCGUCGGUUCUUGCAUUUUCAUCGCGUACAUGACCCAUUCCAUUUGGACCAUCGCCCGGCUUUUUAUUCCUCCGAAAUGCCACCCCGGGCAAAGCUGCAUUCAGUCUUUCCUCGCCAAGGAUCCGAAACUUCAGAUGUUUGCAUUCACAUCAGUUCGAAGAAACCCUUCGGUCGAGAGUGAGGUCAAGUUGGUCUACAACAGCAGAAGUUUCGAGUACAAAGAAGAGUUUGAAAAACAAUUGACAAUUCCUCUGCCGCAAUCGGUGCGGAACAACGGGUCGCUGUAUCUGCACGUUUUCGUGGCCGCCGCCGACUGGGGCAAGGCCAAGGAAAGGGAGAACAAGCACGGCACGGGUCUGUGGAUCAACCUGAUGCAGGACCCCUUCACGGUGACCGCCUUCGCCAAAAUCACCCAGUACCGAGUCCCUCAAGCCGAGACUUUUAAACUGCUCGGUGACAAGGAAGGAGAGAAAACACUUAAAGAAAAUGAUAGAUUUAAAACGCCGGUGGUGCACAUGAAGCCGACGGUCCAGUUCACCGUCCUCGCCGAAACUUAUCCUCUGCCCAUGAGAGACCUUCCUCCUGAGCUGGCCUACCUCCUAAGACUGGCCCCGGAUGGAACUUAUUUGCCGCUGAUGCAGUACAAUUAUUUGAGCAGCAGAAUUUCCGACUUGGUCGAGGUGAAAAAGGACACGAUGGAGGCCAACGUGACCUUGGCCUACGCCCCCAUAGCAGUCGGCAGGCUGAGACUGAUGUUGCAACUGGAGAGUGGACUGCGUUCGCUCAAGGAAUUCGGCUUCUCGGCAAAGGACAUUGACGAAGUGAAAGGAAUUUUCGCUGACACAAACAUUUACCUUUUGUGCACAACCAUGUUUGUCGCCGCAGUCCACCUGCUGUUUGACUUUUUGGCUCUGAAAAACGACGUCAGCUUCUGGAGACAAACCAAAUCCUUGGUCGGACUGUCCACUCGCACAAUCCUAUGGCGCGCCUUCAGCCAGGCCGUCAUCUUCAUGUACUUGGUGGACGAAAACACCUCGAUGCUGGUCCUCGUGCCCGCAGGACUCACCACCAUGGUCGAAUUUUGGAAAGCGAAAAAGUGCCUGAGGGUUCACGUUUCCUGGAGGGGGGUGCGCAAGGACCCUUCCGGUGAGGCCGAGAGCAAGACCCAGGAAUUCGACCAGCAGUGCAUGUCCUACUUGCAGUACCUCCUGUGGCCCAUGUGUGUCGGCGGCGCCAUUUACUCCCUCCUCUACGAACCCCACACUGGUUGGUACUCGUGGACGGUGCACAACCUGGUGCGAGGCGUGUACGCGUUCGGCUUCCUCUUCAUGCUGCCGCAACUGUUCAUCAACUACAAGCUCAAGUCGGUGGCGCACCUGCCGUGGAGGGCGUUCACCUACAAGGCGUUCAACACCUUCAUCGACGAUCUCUUCGCCUUCACCAUCAAGAUGCCGAUGGCCCAUCGCGUGGCCUGCUUCCGAGACGACGCCGUGUUCCUCGUCUAUUUGUACCAGAGAUGGCUGUAUCCGGUUGACAAAAGCAGAGUGGACCACGGAGGUCAGGCCGAGGAGGAGCAUUUGAAGAAAGACUGAGUCUUCUCAGAGAGGUGCUCGUUUCAACUUCCUGUUUUGUUACUGAAAUUUGCUGUGACAAUUUAUGUAAUUCCAUCAGUUUUUAAUACAAAUUUGUUGUUUUGUAAAAUGUCUGAUCAUGUUGGAAAUUAAUUUCUCUGUUGUAAUAAAUUAUACAAAUAUUAUUUCAAUCUUUUAAUAAA